ACGAAGUUCAAAAUUUUCAGUUUCUCGAGGAAUAUGUGGGGCUUAUCCUGCUCUUUCCUUUCUUAUCCGUCGCCUAAUUUCAGAACUUCCGUUCCGGCAGCAACUCUUCGCUCCGGCACUUCUUUACCGGUGCCCCUCGAUCGGAAACAUUACACUUCCGACACCCCAUUUGCUCCUGAGGUUGUUAAGGCAGUAGACUCCUUGCAGUAUGAAUUCAGGGCAGUGGAUAAUUUGGUGGCAAGUAAUUCUACUAAAGUUCUCAAAGCCUUUCAGAAUGCUCGGUUAGGAUCUCAUCAUUUUGGAGGAUCCACUGGUUAUGGUCAUGACGAAGCUGGAGGGCGUGAGGCACUUGACAAUGCUUUUGCUGAGAUAGUUGGAGCAGAAUCUGCAAUAGUCCGAUCACAGUUUUUCUCAGGUACUCAUGCUAUUACAUGUGCUUUAUUUGCUCUUUUGAGGCCAGGGGAUGAGCUUUUGGCAGUAGCUGGUGCUCCAUAUGACACACUAGAGGAGGUCAUUGGCAAAAGAGAUUCUCAGGGGCUGGGUUCCUUGAAAGAUUUUGGAGUAGAGUAUCGAGAAGUUCCACUUGCUGAGGACGGUGGACUUGACUGGGAAAAGCUUGCAAGUGCUUUGAAACCUCAAACAAAAUGUGCACUCAUACAAAGGUCAUGUGGUUAUUCUUGGCGGCGAAGUUUAAGUAUUGACGAAAUAGGAAAAGCAAUAAGACUGAUCAAGAUGCAAAAUCCUGAUUGCUUGGUGAUGGUGGAUAACUGUUAUGGAGAAUUUGUGGAAACCACUGAACCUCCAACUGUGGGUGCGGAUUUAAUUGCAGGAAGUUUGAUAAAAAAUCCUGGUGGAACAAUUGCACCUUGUGGUGGAUACGUUGCAGGUCGUGACAAAUGGGUGAAGGCAGCUGCAGCUCGUUUAUCUGCACCCGGCUUGGGGGUGGAUUCGGGAUCUACCCCUGGUGAUAUGAUGAGGGCAUUUUUUCAAGGAUUAUUCCUUUCACCUCAAAUGGUUGGUGAGGCAGUUAAGGGAAUGAUCCUAAUAGCUGAAGUCAUGGCAUCAAAAGGCUACAAAGUCCAGCCACUUCCACGUGCACCCCGCCAUGACACUGUACAGGCUGUACAACUUGGAAGUCGUGAAGUUUUGCUUGCAUUCUGUGAGGCUGUACAGAGAAGCUCUCCUGUCGCUUCCUUUACGAAACCAGUUCCAGGAAUAACUCCUGGAUAUGCAUCAGAGGUGAUCUUUGCUGAUGGAACUUUCAUUGAUGGGAGCACAAGUGAACUUUCUUGCGAUGGACCUCUAAGAGAGCCAUUUGCAGUCUUUUGCCAGGGUGGAACACAUUGGACCCAGUGGGGCUUAGUACUAGGAGAGGUUUUGAAAUCUGUGUAAAAUAAAAAUAUUUGGUGAGUAUUUUAGUCAACCAUCCACUUCAGAAUCUUCCUUUAAUUUCUCACAAGUUUUUUCUGCCACUCAUGUGGAAACCUAAUUCAACCCAAACUUGUAGAACAUAGUAAGUAAGAAAAAUAUCUUUUUGGCAAAUUUCAUAAUCAAAAUAACAUUCUAAACUUCCUUUUUGGUGCUA